AUGUCAAUGGUCUAUCAUUCAUUCAUCACAAUCACCUGCAUCUGGUCUUUCUGGGAGAACUCAAUCCUGGCCAUCAGGCAUGCCAAAAGCAUAUUUGACGACCUCAAGGAUCAUAGAGGAUUGGUUUAUACUCCUGCAGAAGAAGCCCAGCAUUUCGCUCGUUUUGAGGAGGAGUUGAGGAUCCAGUCAGAACUCAUCUCGACUGAAGAUUUGGCGGUCCUCUACGAUGAGACCAGACCGGCCAUCAUGCAGAGCCUCGUUGACGAGAUCAAUUCCAAGCAGAACACAUGGACCGCGUCGACUGGGCAGAAAAGAUUCAAGAACCUCUCCCUGCGUGAUGCUAAGAUGUUAUGUGGAACAUUGAAGAGAGGGUCAAACGACAAAGUCAUAAGAAAAGGCUAUGCUAUAGAGGAGCUGCAAGACCUCCCUACUGACUUCGACGCUCGCACCGCCUUUCCCAACUGCUCAAAGGUUAUCCGCCACAUCAGGGACCAGUCAGAUUGUGGAAGCUGUUGGGCAUUCGGUGUCACUGAGGCCUUCAAUGACCGCCUAUGUAUCAAGUCGAAUGGGACGUUCACGGAGCUACUAUCGGCCGGCGAGAUGAAUGCUUGUGCGCCGUCCUUCGGAUGCGAUGGUGGAAUUCCCUCCUUAGCCUGGUCUUGGGUGCACAAUAAAGGGAUCGCAACUGGUGGAGAUUACCUUGCGGAAGAUGAUAUGACUAAAGACGAUGGGUGCUGGCCGUACGAUUUCCCCCCAUGCGCUCAUCAUGUCAAUGAUAGCAAGUACCCCAAAUGCCCGAAGGACUCAUACGAGACUCCCAACUGUGCCGAACAAUGUCACAACCCGAAGUAUACGACCACUUUGAGAGAUGAUCGUCAUUUCCUGGUGGAAUCCGUUCCGUAUGAAUACUCUGUAAACGAUGCCAAGAAUGCUAUCAGGACCGAUGGCCCGGUGGGACCGAUCUACUUCUGUGAUCCCAGCGUUAACUUUGAUCAGGUUUCGGCUUCUUUCAUUGUUUACGAAGAUUUCCUAGCCUACAGGUCCGGUGUAUACAAGCAUACUUCUGGAAAAGAACUCGGUGGACAUGCUGUGAAGAUAAUUGGUUGGGGUGAAGAGACUGGACAAGCUUACUGGCUUGUCGUGAACUCCUGGAAUGAAGACUGGGGUGACAACGGCCUUUUCAAGAUAGCCCUCGGAAACUGUGAAAUAGAUGAUGACCUGCUUGGUGGUACACCUAAGGUCUGA